AAAACCAAGUUCAAGCUAGGGGUGCCUGCUGCGCUCGCGACUGUUUGCAGCCCCUGCUCGGCUCGCUGUGGUCUGAUGUGCCCGUCUGUUCGGUGCUAUAACUUCGAGGUUUUAUAGAUUCUGAAGUCUGAAGCCAUUGUUCAUCGGAAUACAGAGACGAGGACGACAACGAAUCGUGGGCAGCCAUGAGUACCCUGAAGUUCUGUAGUGUAUGCAAUAACAUUCUCUACCCUAAGGAAGACAAAGAGCGCAAGGUCCUGCUCUAUGUCUGCGGUAACUGUGACCACCAGGAGGAGGCUGAUGACAAUUGUGUCUAUAAAUGUGAGAUCACUCAUUCAAAUGGUAAGCGCAGCCAAAUUCUACAAGAUGUAGCUGUUGAUCCUACUCUUCCUCGUACAAAAUCUGUUCGAUGUUCUGUGUGCAAUCAUCCGGAAGCGGUUUUUUUCAAGGCUACCCCAGAGGGGGAAGAAGGAAUGGCAUUGUUCUUUGCCUGUUGCAAUCCAAGCUGUGGCCAUAGGUGGAGAGACUGAUGGAGUUGUAUUACAGUAAGUCCAGGUUUAUUAUAAUAUGAUCUCAAGGUAUUUAACCCGUAAUGCUAAAGGAACAUGAUCAAUCAGCUUUGUUGGCUCCUAACAUGGAUAUUAUAACCUGUAAUGUCUUUGUUGACUUCAAUAUACUUCUGUAUCUCUUUGUUGUUCCAAGUGAAUUAGAACAGAAAUUAGCAGAAAGUACUGAUUGUGUUCAUUGGAUCGUUAAGAGUUUGAAUUCUGAAAUUGCAAAA